AUGAGCUUGUGUAUUGGGGUCCAGGUUGACCCCUCAGUCGGGGCUCUUCGCCGUGGCCCUCCAUUUCCCGUGGCCUACGCGGAGGCAGAGCCCAUUCGCGAAGCCAAGAAGGCUGGGGGGGGGUGCCCGGGGUCCCCGAGGUGGUUCUGCAGCCCCGGGGCCCUGGCUGGGCCCGCGCACGCGUGGCACAUGGUGGCCACGUGUGGACGGUCCAGGGCCGGCGGGCCCGGGGCAGCAGAGGGGCAGCAGAGGGGCUGCCAGGCGCUGGCCAGCGCGGGCACCGCCCCGGGCCGGCCUCGCCCCUCAGCCUGUCUGAACGCGUUACCUCCCGGGACGGAGAUGCCGGGAGAAGCUUCCAGCAGUAGUCGCCUUCCAUCGGCCCGCCAGCGGGGCGGAGCGCGGCCCGGUGGUGUGGAUGCAGAACGAGACUUGCGGAACCCCUCGGCGUCAGAAGCCAUGGAGGCACGGGCCGUGUGGAUGUUUAUGGCACCAUCCUCGGACCGCACGGGACGGUCUCUGCGGGCGGAUGGCACGGGCAGCCGGGGAGUAGCGGCGCGUCGAUCCAGUGGUUUCCGCAGCUACCGGUGGCCCCGCCCCUGCUGUAUUUUUCCUAGUCCCUCGGGGGCCCCCGGGGUCAGACGAGCCCCGAGCGCGGCGGGCGCGGCGGGCGCGUGCUACGACGGCGCGGGGCGGCCGCGGCGCUGCGAGCCCGAGUUCGAGAACGCGGCGUUCGGGCGGCGCGCGCAGGCCUCGCGCACGUGCGGCCGCCCGCCCGAGGACUUCUGCCCGCCGCGGGGCGCGCGGGGCGCGGGGCCGCCCUGCCAGCGCUGCGACGCGGCCGACCCGCGGCGCCACCACAACGCCUCGCUGCUCACCGACUUCCACAGCCACGACGACAGCACCUGGUGGCAGAGCCCCACCAUGGCGCUCGGGGUGCAGCACCCCAACUCCGUCCGCCUCACCCUGCGCCUGGGGAAGGCCUACGAGAUCUCCUACGUGAGGCUCAAGUUCCACACCAGCCGCCCCGAGAGCUUCGCCAUCUACAAGCGCAGCCGCGCCGGUGGCCCCUGGGAGCCCUACCAGUUCUACAGCGCCUCCUGCCAGCGCACCUACGGCCGGCCCGAGGGCCAGCGCCUGCGGCCCGGCCAGGACGAGCGCCUGGCCUUCUGCACCUCCGAGUUCAGCGACAUCUCCCCGCUCAGCGGCGGCAACGUGGCCUUCUCCACCCUGGAGGGCCGGCCCAGCGCCUACCACUUCGACGAGAGCCCCAUGCUGCAGGAGUGGGUCACCAGCACCGAGCUGCUCAUCUCUCUAGACCGCCUCAACACCUUCGGGGACGACAUCUUCAAGGACCCCAGGGUCCUGCAGUCCUACUACUACGCCGUGUCCGACCUCUCCGUGGGCGGCAGGUGCAAGUGCCACGGGCACGCCAGCGAGUGCGGCCCCGACGCCCAGGGCCGGCUGGCCUGCCGCUGCCAGCACAACACCACGGGCGUGGACUGCGAGCGCUGCCUGCCCUUCUUCCAGGACCGCCCGUGGGCCCGGGCCACCGCCCAGGCCGCCCACGAGUGUCUGCCCUGCCGCUGCAGCGGCCGCUCCGAGGAGUGCGCCUUCGACGGCGAGCUGUUCCGCCGCACGGGCCACGGCGGCCGCUGCCUCCGCUGCCGGGGCCACACGGCCGGGCCGCACUGCGAGCGCUGCCGCGACGGCUUCCACCGGCGCGGCCCGCGGAGCCCGUGCCGGCCCUGCGGCUGCCACCCGGCAGGCGCCCUGCGUCUCCAGUGUGACCGCGCGGGAAGCUCCUGCAAGGCCACCGUGACCGGCCCCAAGUGUGACCGCUGCCGGCCCGGCUUCCACUCCCUCAGCGAGGGGGGCUGCAGGCCCUGCGCCUGCAGCCCCGCCGGCAGCCUGGGCACCUGUGACCCCCGCAGCGGCCGCUGCCCCUGCAAGCAGAACGUGGAGGGCGACCUGUGCGACAGAUGCCGCCCCGGCACCUUCAACCUGCAGCCCCACAACCCCGCCGGCUGCACCCCCUGCUUCUGCUUCGGCCACUCCACCGUGUGCGCGGCCUCCCCGGGCUUCCACACCCAGCCCGUGCUCUCCGACUUCCGCCAGGGAGCCGCGGGCUGGCGGGCCGGAGGCACCGGGGGCUCGGAGCGGCCCCCACGAUGGAGCCCCGGCGGGGUCCUCCUGGGCCCUGCGGAUGAGGAGCUCAGGGCGCCAGAGCGGUUCCUGGGGGACCAGCGGCUCAGCUACGGGCAGCCCCUCGCGGUGACCUUCCGCCUGCCCCCCGGGGCCCCCCCGCCCGGCGUGCGGCUGCGGCUGGAAGGGGCGGGCCUGGCCCUGUCUCUCAGGCCCUCGGGCUCCGCUGCGCCCCGGGGUGCUGGCCCGGAGGGGCUGGUGCAGCUCCACUUCCUCCUGCAGGAGACGCCCGAGGACGCCGGCCCCCCGCGGCCCGCCUUCCACCUCCAGCGGCUGCUCUCCAACCUGACCGUCCUGGCCCUCCGGGCGGCUCCCCUCCCUCCUCCCGCAGGCCAGGUGUUCCUGACGGAGGUCCAGCUGCCGUCCGCGCGGCCCGGGCCCGGCCCGGCCCCGCCAGCCUCCUGGGUGGAGGCCUGCUCCUGUCCUCCGGGCCACACAGGCCAGUUCUGCGAGGCCUGCGCUCCAGGAUACAAACGGGAGGCGCCCCAGGGGGGCCCCUACGCCAGCUGCAUCCCCUGCACCUGCAACCAGCACGGCACCUGUGACCCCAACACAGGGAUCUGCCUGUGCGGCCACCACACCGAGGGCCCCUCCUGUGAGCGCUGCCUGCCCGGUUUCCACGGGCACGCCUUCACGGGCCGCGCGGACGCCUGCCAGCCCUGCCCGUGCCCCGGCCGGUCGCCCUGCACCGUCGUCCCGGGCAGCGGGGGGGAGGUGGUGUGCACCCACUGCCCCCCGGGCCAGAGGGGGCGGCGCUGCGAGCAGUGCGAGGAUGGCUUUUUCGGGGACCCCCUGGGCGUGCGCGGGGCCCCCCAGCCCUGCCGCCCGUGCCAGUGCAGCGGGAACGUGGACCGCCACGCCGCGGGCGCCUGCGACCCGCAGUCGGGCCGCUGCCUGCGCUGCCUGCACCGCACGACGGGGCCCCGCUGCGAGCGCUGCCGGGACGGCUUCUACGGGAGCGCCCUGGCCCCGCGGCCCCAGGACAAGUGCGCGCCCUGUAGCUGCCACCCGGGGGGCUCCGCCCGCGGGCAGCAGCCCUGCGACCCGGCCAGCGGCCAGUGCGCCUGCCUGCCUCACGUGACCGGCAGGGACUGCGGCCGCUGCAGCCCCGGCUUCUACGACCUCCAGCCGGGGAGAGGCUGCCGGAGCUGCGAGUGCCACCCGCUGGGCUCCCAGGAGAAUCGGUGUCACCCCGAGACAGGCCAGUGCCCGUGCCGCCCUGGGGUCACCGGCCAGGCCUGCGACAGGUGCCAGCUGGGCUUCUUCGGCUUCUCUGCCAAGGGGUGCCGGGCUUGCAGGUGCUCCCCCGUGGGCGCCGCCUCGGCCCAGUGCCACGAGAACAGCACGUGCGUGUGCAAGCCCGGCUUCGUGGGCUACAAGUGUGACCGCUGCCAGAGCAACUUCUUCCUCGCGGCGGGCGGCAGUCACUGCCAGGAGUGCCCCCCGUGCUACGGCCUGGUGGGGGAGGGGGCGGCCAGGCUGAAGGCCAGGCUGGCGCGGAUGGAGGCCGGGCUGCAGGAGCCGGACUGCGCCAGUCCCUGGGAGCCCCUGGACCUUCUUCAGGAGGAGACCCCGCGGGGGGACGCCUACCCGCGCCCCCUGCUGCUGCCAGGGGCCUGGGAAGGCUUCCUGCGUCAGACGGCGGGCCUGCAGCGCGACGUGAAGGCCGCGGGGGAGCGGCUGCGGGCGCUGAGUGCCAGCCGCUGCGGCCGGGCCGGCGGCGUGGGGAAGACCUGCAGCCGGCUGUCCGAGCUCGGGGCGGCGCUGGCGUCCUCCGACGGGGAGAUCCUGCACGCGGCCUCGGCGCUCUCCUCCCUGGUGAGGCUCCGAGAAGCCCCGGGCCACCUCGCCAACUGGAGCCACCUGGCCACCCAGGCGCGGGCCCUGGCCAGGAGCCACAGGGACGCCGCCGCCGAGAUUGAGGCCACCGCACGCCGCGCCCUGCUCGCCUCCAACGCCAGUGCCCUGCUGCUCCGGAGCCUGGCGGACCCCGGCGCGGCCCUGGAGGCCCGGCGGGAGCUGGAGGACCGGUACCAGGAGGUCCAGGCGGCCCAGAAUGCACUGCGCACAGCCGUCGCGGAGGCGCUGCCUGAAGCCAGGCGGGCGCUGGCCGCCGCACAGCAGCUCGCUGGGGACGCAGCCCCGCGCCUGGCCUUGCUGGCCGUCCCUGCGGCACCGACGCAGAAGUCACCAGCCAGAGACCUGGGGUUGAAAGCUCAGGCCCUGGAACAGACCGUCGCAUCCAGAGAGCUAGCGGCCACCGAGGCCAUCGGAGCCCUGCAGGCCUCUGCCCGGGCGGCGCUGCGGAAGACCGAGCCCCUCACGCAGCUGCGCCAGGAGGCCACGGCCGCCCUGAGCCGGGCGUCCUCCGCCGCCCAGGCUGCCGCGGUGACCGUCACGGGAGCCGAGACCCUGCGGGCUGACCUGGAAGGCAUGAAGCUGCAGUUUCCUCAGCCCGAGGACCGCGCGGCGCUGCGGAGGAGAGCCGGGGCCGUGCGGGGCGGGCUCCUCGCACACACCGCCGAGAAGACCCGGCAGGCCGAGAGGAUGCUGGGAAACGCGGCGGCGCUCUCCUCCGGCGCCAGGAAGAAGAGCCGAGAAGCCGAGCUGCUGGCCAAGGACAAUGCCAAGCUCUCCAAGGCCUCGCUGCGGGCGGGGAAGCAGGGGCACCGCCGUGCCAGCCGGCUGGCCAGUCGGGCGCAGGCCACGCUCCAGCAGGCCUCCCGGCUGCUGAGCGUCUCCGGGGCUCGUCGACGGGAGCUGGAGGCCACUGAGCAGGUGAGCGCAGGGCUGAGCUCCGUGGAGCGGCACAUCCGGGCAUCGCGCGUCACCCUGGAGAAGGACAUCGAGGCCUUGUCCGAGCUGCUGGCCAGGCUGGGGUCACUGGACACCGACCAAGCCCCUGCCCAGGCCUUGAAUGAGACCCAGCAGGCGCUUGCCAGCCUGAGGCAGCGGCUGGGCUCCCGAGGGGCCCUGCAGGGGAAACUGAGGCAGCUGGAGCAGGAGUCUGAGCAGCAAGAGCUGCAGAUCCAGGGCUUCGAAAGUGACCUGGCCGAGGUCCGGGCUGACAAGCGGAACCUGGAGGCCAUUCUGCACAGCCUGCCCGAGCCCUGCCCCAGCCGGCGGUGAGGGGCCCCGGGCCCCUCGCAC